AUGGAGGCCGGCAUGAACGUCCUGCAUGACAUGGGGAUCCAGGCGACUCGCUACCUGCAGGAGCAUUACCAGGGCUCCCAGGACUGGUUCCUCUUCAUCUCCUUCGCUGCUGACCUCAGAAACACCUUCUUCAUCCUCUUCCCCAUCUGGUUCCACCUCUGCGAGGCCGUGGGCGUCAAGCUGAUCUGGGUGGCCGUGAUCGGGGACUGGCUCAACCUGGUCUUUAAGUGGAUCCUCUUUGGGCAGCGACCCUACUGGUGGGUCCGGGAGACCGAUUACUAUGGCAACGCCUCCACCCCUGUGAUCCAGCAGUUCCCCCUCACCUGUGAGACCGGCCCAGGGAGUCCCUCCGGCCAUGCGAUGGGCUCUGCAGGAGUUUACUAUGUGAUGGUGACAGCCAUUCUGUCCAUUGCUCUGGGGAAGAAGCAGCCGACGAUUAAAGACCAGUUCUUGCGGACAGCGCUGUGGGCAGGAUUCUGGGCCGUCCAGGUCUGCGUCUGUUUGUCUCGAGUCUUCAUUGCUGCCCAUUUUCCUCACCAAGUCAUCGCAGGGGUCAUCUCAGGCAUGGCAGUGGCUGAAGCUUUCCGGCACAUCCCCUCCAUCUACAACGCCAGUCUCCGGAGGUACCUGGGCACCACCCUCUUCCUGUUCAGCUUCGCCCUGGGGUUCUACCUGCUGCUGAAGGCUCUCGGUGUUGACCUGCUGUGGACCCUGGAGAAAGCCAAGAGGUGGUGUGACCGGCCGGAGUGGGUCCACAUUGACACCACCCCCUUCGCCGGCCUCCUCAGAAACCUGGGCAUCCUGUUUGGGCUGGGGCUGGCCCUCAACUCCCAGAUGUACCUGGAGAGCUGCAAAGGGAAAAUGGGCCAGCAGCUGCCCUUCCGCCUGAGCUGCAUCGCGGCCUCGCUCCUCGUCCUGCACCUCUUCGACUCCUUCAAGCCUCCCACCAAGGUGGAGUUGCUGUUUUACGUCCUGUCCUUCUGCAAGAGCGCGGCCGUGCCCGUGGCUGCUGCCGGCCUCAUCCCCUACUGCGUCGCCCAGGUCCUGAGCCAACAGGAUAAGAAAGCUUUAUAG